AUGGUUCGGGCUUUUAAUCACCAAAGCAGCAUGCAGAAGUCCAAGUCUUUUCAUUUCAAGAAGAUGUUUGAGAUCCCAGGGAAGCAUAUUCAAGGUUUAUUUGAUAGGGAUCAUGAUGAAGGAGGUGAACAUGAUAAGGUGUACUCAAAAAGCUUUGAGUCAAGAUAUAAUAGUGAUCAGCCAUUGGAACUUCAGCAAAUAGCAUCUGUUCUCAAUAGUGAUCAUAUACCAGCAGCAAACUUGGGUGGUGAAGCACCUAGAAUUCCUCCUAAGCCACCAUCUGAAACCAACUUGAUGAAGGAAAGGUUUGCUAAGCUACUUUUGGGAGAAGACAUGUCAGGUGCAGGCAAUGGUGUUUCUUCAGCAUUGGCUUUGUCAAAUGCCGUAACGAACCUGGCUGCAUCUGCUUUUGGAGAACAAAAACAGCUAGAGCCAAUGGCUCCAGAAACGAAGGCCAGGUGGAAAAAAGAAAUUGAGUGGCUUCUAUCUGUGACUGAUCACAUUGUUGAAUUUGCUCCAUCACAACAGAUAGGAAAGGAUGGAAAAACUAUGGAGAUCAUGACUACUCGGCAACGAACUGAUCUUCUCAUGAACAUUCCUGCCUUGCGCAAGCUUGAUGCAAUGCUCAUUGACACGUUAGAUAACUUUAAAGAUCAAAAUGAGUUCCGGUAUGUCUCAAAAAAUGAAGAGGAGUCUGAGGGUAACACUAACACCCAAAGGAAGAGUGACAAGUGGUGGAUACCAAAAGUUAAACUUCCCCCAACAGGGUUGUCAGAAGUAGCUGGAAAAUGGAUACAGUCCCAGAAGGAUAAUGUUAACCAAGUACUUAAAGCAGCCAUGGCAAUAAAUGCCCAAGUACUAUCAGAGAUGGCGAUCCCUGAAAACUACAUUGAAUCUCUCCCCAAGAAUGGUAGAGAAAGCCUUGGUGAAUCAAUCUAUAAGAGCAUUACUGUGGAAUACUUUGAUCCUGGGCAAUUUCUCUCAACAAUGGACAUGUCCACUGAGCACAAAGUGCUUGACCUCAAGAAUAGGAUUGAAGCUUCCAUAGUGAUAUGGAAAAGGAAGAUGAACAACAAGGAUGGGAAGUCUUCCUGGGGUUCAGCAGUGAGCAUGGAGAAGAGGGAACUCUUUGAGGAGAGAGCAGAAACAAUAUUGUUGAUGAUCAAACAGCAGUUCCCAGGACUUCCACAAUCUUCACUUGACAUCAGCAAAAUCCAAUAUAACAAGGAUGUGGGACAUGCCAUUCUAGAGAGCUAUUCAAGAGUAAUAGAGAGCCUGGCUUUCACAGUUUUGUCAAGGAUUGAUGAUGUCUUAUAUGCUGAUACAAUGACAAAGAAUCCAUCAUUGGCAGUGAGCAGCAGGAGAUAUUCAUUAGAUUCUUUACAAGUGGCACAACAGUUGUCCCCAAACUCUGGGGAAGAGACGAGCAACUUGCAUUCUUCAGAGACACCACCCUCAAUGACACUCUCAGAUUUCAUGGGUUGGAGUUCAACCAAGGGAGGGAGUGAUAUGAAGAAGACUAACUCUACUGGAGACUUAGAAAACUACAUGAAAGAAAAAGAUGAAAAGGGUAUGAGUAAAUCUCCUAAAUUGGCAACUCCAAAGAAAGCUUACUACUUGGAGAAGCUUGAGUACUUGAAUACACUAAGAAGUCCCAUAGCUCGACACUAA